GCCCUAUGAAAACCGUCGUUCGGACAGAGAGAGAGGUAGGUAGCUGGGUAGCUGGAGCGGCUGGAGCGAGGCAGCUGAAGGGGCGCUGAAGGAUGAAAAAUACGCGGUAUUAAAAUUCAUUUAUUCAAAACAAGAUUGAAAUCUCUCGCCUCGAAUAUCGCCCGGAAACCGGUGGUGGCCACAAUGCUGCUAAGUCCCACCCCGACUGGGCAGCCACUCACCUCUUCAGAUGCCUGUUUGAGCAUCGUACACAGUCUGAUGUGCCACCGGCAGGGUGGCGAGUCAGAAGCCUUCUCCAAGAGGGCCAUCGAGAGUCUCAUCAGGAAGCUCAAGGAGAAGCGCGAUGAGCUCGAUUCACUCAUCACGGCAAUCACCACGAACGGCGCUCACCCGAGCAAGUGUGUCACCAUCCCGCGGACACUGGACGGACGGCUGCAGGUGGCUGGCAGGAAGGGCUUCCCUCAUGUGGUGUACGCCAAGAUCUGGCGCUGGCCCGACCUGCACAAGAACGAGCUGAAGCACGCCAAGUUCUGUCAGUACGGCUUCGAGCUGAAGGCGGACGCCGUCUGCGUCAACCCAUACCACUACGAGCGCGUCGUGUCGCCGGGCAUCGACCUGUCGGGCCUGCAGCUGCACCAGCCGGGCCCGGCCGGCGUCAAGACCGAAUACUCCCUGGGCCGGGACGAGGCCGGCGGUCCGUCCGGCUGCGGCGACCCUCUGCUGUCCCCCACGCCGUCCGCCCAGCGACAGCAGCAGCAGCAGCAGCAGCAGCAGCAGUCGAUGCUGCUGGGGAUGCCGCCGCCGUUCGGCCUGCCGCCGUCACAGACGCCCGGGUCGCCGUCUGCCGCCGCCGCUGGCUCGCCCUGUCCGGCCGCUCUAGACUCGCCGUCCUUCGCCGAGCCGCUCACACCCGGACCGUCCUCGCUGCCGCCGCUGUCUCCGCACCUGCAGUCGGCCAACGGGUACGGAGGGCUGGGCGGCGCGCCGCCGGCCGUCAGCACGCCGGCCCAGUACGGCGGCUCGUGGCCGGGCCGGGCCGAGCGGCCCGCGGGCGCCACCUCCACCCUCAGCUACCCGCCGACGCUGAGCGCCGACCGGCCGGCCGGCUACUACGGCGGCGGCGGCGCCGGCGGACACGUCCAGCACCAGGACACCCAGGUGCUGCUCUCCAGCGUACCGCCGCCAGAGUUCUGGUGCAGCAUCAGCUACUUCGAGCUGGAUACGCAGGUGGGCGAGGCGUUCAAAGUGCCCUCCAGCAUGGCGUCCGUCACCGUGGACGGCUACGUGGACCCAUCCGGGGACAGCCGCUUCUGUCUGGGCGCCCUCAGCAACGUGCACCGCACAGAGCAGAGCGAACGCGCCAGGCUGCACAUCGGCAAGGGCGUCCAACUGGACGUGCAGGGCGAGGGCGACGUGUGGCUGCGCUGUCUGAGCGACCACGCCGUGUUCGUGCAGAGCUACUACCUGGACCGGGAGGCGGGCCGCGCGCCCGGCGACGCCGUCCACAAAAUCUACCCGGCCGCCUACAUCAAGGUGUUCGACCUGCACCAGUGCCACCGGCAGAUGCAGCAGCAGGCAGCGCAGGCGGCGGCGGCGGCGGCCGCGCAGGCGGCGGCUGUGGCCGGCCACGGACAGGGUGACGGCGCCGGCGGCGGCCUCUCGUCGUCCGUCUCCAUCUCCUCUGUGGCCGGCAUCGGCGUGGACGACCUGCGGCGGCUCUGCAUCCUCCGCCUGAGCUUCGUCAAGGGCUGGGGGCCCGACUACCGGCGGCAGAGCAUCAAGGAGACACCCUGCUGGGUGGAGGUGAACCUGCACCGGGCGCUGCAGCUGCUGGAUGGCGUGCUGCAGACCACGCAGGCCGGCCCCGGGGCGGCCACCUAGGGGCGCAGCUUAUGGAGCGCCGCCACCCAUACACAGCCCGCCGGCCCAGCAGCCGCCAGCUCGGCGGCCGGCGGACUGGGAGAGACUGUACGGUACCUGACGGGGCCGCGCCCGCCCCGCGGCCGGCCCCCGUAGCGCUGUAGGUGUUGGGAGGCAGUACCGACCACGGGUCCUGAGCGCGCCGGGCACAGGGUGCGCCGUCUGAUACUGCACCGGGUACCUGUUAACGCCAGUAGACACCUGGUUAUAGACUAGUCAUCAGUUAGUCACGUUCUCAGUAGUUACAGCUGCCCGGAGUGGGCAUUACUAAUUGUACCUAUUGCGACGGGUCUGUCAGCCGUGAGACGGCAAUGUGCAUCCGCGGCGUCGUCUACGGAUACGGAAUACGGGAGCUGCUAUGGUGCAGCGCUGGUUUCCGCCUGUUGGGGCCGGCGGUAUUUGGUUUUACACUGGUUAGCGAGAGCGAAUGGGGGGGGGGGGGGCUACGGCGACCGAGCCAGUAGGUUGUAGAGGCUAGACGUGCAAUUUCCGUGUAUGGUGUUCCUUUAUUGUUUCGGCGCCAAUUCGUCGCGGCUCGAAGUUAUAGGUGCCUUGGCGAUAUUUUUCGGGCGAGCGUUUUGUAUCUACGAAUGCUGCCAAGCAGAGCGGCCGGCCCCGAGCGGUUCCCGUCGCCUCGUACCUGACGGAUAAUACGUGUCUCUAGGGGGUGAGAGCGGGCACCUCAGCCCGCUUCGUGCACGCUCGCUGCGCGCGGCGCCAGGUAUUUUCGUUACGUAGUGCUCCUAGUUAGUGUUUGCUUCGCUGCUUUGCCAGUUGUGAAUUGACGAUGAGCGAGGGUCUGCUAAGAGCGUCGCUGGUGGCUGGAUGUAAUAUCUAUGUGGACUUCGGAGGUGACUUGGCUCGGCGGUUUCUGGAUUUUACGGUCCCGCGCUGCUGUCUGAAUAUGUACGGUCCCGCGCUGCUGUUUGAAUGUGUACGACCUCGCGCUGCCCAGCUGUUUGAAGGUGUACGGUCCCGCGCCACGUUUGAAUCACGCAUGUCCCCCGCCGUUUGGAUCGGAGUGGUGCUGUAGAUGUGUAUGUGUCUGUUCCAUCUGGAUCGCGCUGGCGACCGUCUUGGCACGUGGUGCAGCCGGUGCGACACUGACCAAUGGGGGUCGCACGCGGGCCAGUAGCCCAGCUCAGCGAACUGUCGGGUGCAUCCGCCGAUAUUUUGCCAACUCAGUUAUAACGAAACAUGUGCCAUGUUUGUGAAAUGGUCGCUGCUUAGCGAGCGCCAAGCCUUGGUUGACCUGGUCGCUUUUAUUAUCUUAAUAAAAUACGACACGGAGGGCAGAAAUAA